AUGAGUUAUAAGGAGCAGAAGUAUUUGCAGAGGCCACGUCACCACACAUCUCUGAAGAAGCCCUUAUGUGUCGUUUUGACAGUUUCAGUGAUCAGCAUACUUCUGAUAUGUACUCACCUGUUCCCACGACAUGGCAAGAGCUCUUCCUGUCAUGGUCUCUCUAGUUCUAGAGAAUGCGAGAAUGCUCUCUCAGCGUUGCUACCUGCUCAUAUCAGGAAACUCACUAUUAAGGAGAUAGCAGCUCGAGCAGUGGUCAGAGACAUACUUAGAACCCCUUCUCUGGUCACCCAAAACUCCAAAAUCGCUUUCUUGUUCUUGACUCACGGUACUUUGCCAUUUGAGGAGCUCUGGGAUGAGUUCUUUAAGGGUCAUGAAGGGAAGUUCUCCAUUUACAUCCACACGUUCAAGGAACGUCCAAUUCACAUCAGCCCUCAUUUUUAUGAUCGAGAAAUCCAUAGUGAUGAGAACCAACACUUUGUUCUUCUUUCAGAGAGUUGUAUACCGUUGCAUACUUUUGACUACACUUAUAGAUAUUUGCUAUACUCCAACGUCAGCUUCAUCGAGAGUUUUGUGGAUCCUGGUCCACAUGGGACUGGUAGACACAUGGAACACAUGCUACCUGAAAUUACCAAGGAAGAUUUUAGAAAGGGUGCUCAGUGGUUCACAAUGAAGCGACAACACGCGGUUAUAGUGAUGGCUGAUAGUCUAUACUACUCAAAAUUCAGCAAGUAUUGUGGUCUGGGGCUAGAGUCUAACAAGAACUGUACUGCAGAUGAACAUUACUUGGCAACAUUCUUUAGUAAAAUUGAUCCCAUGGGGAUCUCGAACUGGUCAGUGACGUAUGUUGAUUGGUCUAAACGAAGGCGGUAUCCAAAGACUUACAGAGCACAUGAGAUUUCAUUAGAGUUUAUGAAUAGUGUCUCGUCCGAGGAAAUGAGUGUGCACGUCACAAGUUUGGGAGAGCAUGGAGAGCUGCAUUGGCCUUGUACAUGGAACGGGAUUACACGGCCUUGUUAUCUGUUUGCAAGGAAGUUUCAUCCUGAUGCUCUCGACACAUUGGUCAACCUCUUCCCAAACUACACAAGCACAGUUGUCUGAGAUAGGAUUCUUGAGCCGCAAGUUUUUGACCUAAUUAUGUUCCAGAUAUUGAUUUUUUAGACACUGUAAAUUUUCUGUUUAUAAGAAAAUGAAAUAAUUCUUGGUCUUGUAAGUUGUGUUUCUUGAUGAAACUGAGAGCCGGUUACACGCAACUAGAGAAAUAAUUUUUGGUUUAAAAAGUUACAUUUUGCGAUUUUCCCCUGGGUCUAUCAAUAAGCCUUGGAAUCUUAAUAUGGGUUCUUGUUACUUUUUUUUCUUCUGCCAACACGUUAUUUAUUUAACUCGGCCUAUUCAUUCCUGCCUAUCUAGCUAGCAUUUCUCAGGGUACAAACAUCCCGAAGAAAAAACCAUUUUGUAAGUUAAUCUAGACAAAUAUCUCUUGCAGCGAAUAUGUUUCCAACUCCGCAG